AUUUUAACCUGCAUAAAAUAUGCGCUUUUUAAAUUGCACAUUUUAAUUUUUCAUUAUCUCUACAUAUCUUUCAUAUCAUUCUUUUACAUAUCUUUUAUAUUCAUGUAAUUAUUCUCGUAAUGUUUCCAUUUCUAAUUUUCCUUAUUUUAUUUUCCAGGACUCGCCAGCUUUUAUCGGCGGUAUUUCCUAAGAUUUUCUAGCAAUUUUUUAAUCUUAAUUUUACGAUGAUCACCGAUGAAGAUCUCGCACGGAGAAUGAAUGAAAUCUACCAGAAUCUCUCGACUACUAUUUCACCAACGCAGCAAAAUAAGGUUCUGGACAAAAUCGUAAGAAUCGUAAAAAAUGCGACGAGAGAACAACUGCAGUCCCAUCAUCCUGGAAUACUCAUUACGUGCGCAUUGAAGACCCUGCUUCAUUACGAGGAUCUACUGCAUACGGACAGGCUGUGCGAAUGGAAACGUCGACGAAGGUUCAAGAUUACCCGUGAUUGCUAUCAUGCUCUGCUGAAAAGUUACCUGCCGGAAAGAUCGCGGGAUAUCGUGGAGACAAUCUUGGAGGCCGUCCAUCGCGACCGGCUCUGGGAAUUCGAGACCUUCUGCUUCGAGCUGAUGUGCAGUAUAUUGAACAUCAAUCGAGCCAGCGGUGGACUGAUCAUCCACGCGAUCUGGGACAAGUUAUCGUCACCGGAGAUCAGCGUCGAGGAUGCUCGCGGCUUCGUCAGGGCACUAUACGAGCUGUUAGACGUGUACGAGUGGCCGGCAACGCAAGACACAGUCGUAACAAUAGAGAGGAUGCUCGGUCUCUUUCACGCCAGUAUAAUCGCGCGUUUGACGCUAGCAUCCGGCUUCUCCAUCUCGGCGCCACACGCGAAUCUCAAGAAGGGUCUGGAGGUUUGCCUGAGAAACACGAUAAAGCAUCUGCCGAACGACCAGCUACUGGUGAUCGUGCAGCACAUGUGCUCGUGGACAGUAGCCGCUGGUGCAACCGACGACUUUGUCCUCGAGUUCGGCAGUACUUUGGAAUACGCUGCUUACACGCAUCGGACGGGCCUUUACGAGCAAACUCUUACACCGACGAUAUUUCCGCUGCUGAUGCGAAUGGUAGGAUCCGCCAGUCGGCUGACCAGUCUGCUGGGCAACCGGGUGUUGCAGUAUCUGUUAGAUCGCAAAGAGAACCGAGCGGUCUUCGACACGCCCAGGAUCUUCUUUGAGCACACGCGUCUUAAUCUGCGUGUCGCAGCCUACCGCGAGGAGGACCGAUCGUUCUUCAAGCUGCAUCGCGAAUUACUGCACGACAGUCUGCUGAAGAGUCUGGCGAAUCACUCGGAUAUACGGAUGAAUCUGGAGAUGACGUAUUGUACCAUGUGUCUAAUCGCCGUCGAGGUGCCAUGUGGCUUCACGGCCGCCGCCUUGGUCUGCCUUGCCAUGAAUCUGCAAGAGAUCGCCCUGCAGCGACACAGCGAUCACCUGGAGAGAGCCUGCCACAUGCACGCUACGGUUAUCUCCAUUAUGUCGUUCAUUUGUUGGAUACACAAGGCUAAAGUUUUUUACAAUUACGUAAACAGGAUUGUAAUGGAGAGAGCGCAAUGGGCACCGCAUCUAAAUCCUCCUAUCCAAUCUCAGUAUAACUUUGCUAUUCAUCACAUUCUCUGGAACAAGCCGGAACUGUUCUUCGUUGACUGGGAAGCACGCUACGGCCUGUGGAAAUGUUUCCGUCUAGAUCAUUCUGACAUUAGCCAUGACGUUACUCGUUUGACAUGAACUACAUCCAUAAAUAUUGAAUAAAGUAAAGGUUUUAUAAAUGAAAGAGGAGAUUCAUGGAACUGAAGAUUCAUAGAUUUAAUUAUAUACAAUUGAAUUUCACAUUUAAAACAUCUAAUAUAAAUCUAAAGAAUGUCAUAAAGUCAUCUAAGUUGAGGUUUGAAUAAGG